AUGUGUCGGAUCGGCGACGAGAUGGGAAAAGCCACCGGCGCCAUUGGUCUGAACAUGCCGAACCCGUUCAUCCUGGACCUGUGUGCUGCCCCCGGAGGCUUCAUCGCCACUGCUCUUCGCUGCAAUCCCACCGCUAAGGUGCGCGGUAUCAGCUUGCCCAAGACGCUCGGGGGCCACCCGCUCCUUGUUCCGCACGGCAAGGCGGAUCCACGAGUCGCGGUGUGGUUUUGUGAUAUCACCAUGCUCGGGAGUAAAUUUGGGUUGGAUCCAUGUCAAGUUCAUGAAUUUGAACCGGAUAGCACUACCACGGGUAUUGGUGUUGGUGCUAGUGCUACCACAGAGACAGGUACUACUAGUACUGCCCCGACGUCGACAUCAACACCGACAUCGAAACUUGAACUUAGUACCAACCGCCCCUACCUCGGCCAAUCCUUCGAUCUUGUCUUCUGCGAUGGCCAGGUGUUGCGAACACAUGCGCCGUAUCGCGACGAGAGACGCGAGAGAGUCGAAGCCCGCCGGCUGGCUUGCAGCCAGAUGAUCCUGGCCCUACAAAGAAUCCGCGACCAGGGAACCUUGAUCAUGCUCCUGCACAAGGUCGAGUCGUGGCAUACGCUGCAGACGCUGUAUGCCUUUUCCACCUUUUCCACGGUGCGACUCUACAAGCCGACCAAGUUCCACACCACGCGAAGUUCCUUCUAUCUCAUCGCCACAGACGUUCGACCGACGUGUCCCGCCGCAAAGUCCGCCCUGGCCACCUGGAGAGCCUUGUGGAAAGACGCCACCAUCAACAUCAACCCGCACGCGGCCCACACCCACGAGGACUCAGACUCGGACUCGGAACUCUCCGCGAGAGUGAAUGGCGUGCUGGAGCGGUUUGGCCCGACAGUCAUUCAGCUGGCAGAACCUAUUUGGUGCCUGCAGCGCGAUGCUCUGUCUAAGAAGUCUUGGACUCGAUAG